GUUACAUGUGUGGUUGGCGGUGGAGGAACUUAACGACUGUUCCUGAACCCCCGUGCCGGUCCUGGCUACUGCAACUGCAACUCCCUUGGAAAAAUGUGUAAAUCAUCCACUUCCCCCCCGAACAGGGCAGUUCCUCGUCUCUCGCAUCUGAGAAUCCUCGAUUUCGGAUGCCUUCCGUAAUUCAAAAGCAUCGACAAACAACUGCAGUGUGAAAUAUAACGAUCAACAAGUAAACAAUGGAUUCAUUCGAUCUGGUCGUUAUAGGCACCGGCUGGUAUGGGCUUGCAGCAGCAAAGACAUACAUUGAACUGCAUCCUUCCGAAAAUGUGGCUGUCCUCGAGGCCAACUCUUCCGUUGGUGGCGUUUGGGCGGAAGAUCGGUUGUACCCCGGACUCAAAUCAAACAACAUGCUAGGGACCUACGAGUAUCCGGACUUCCCCAUGGAUAGCGCAACAUAUGACGUGAAACCUGGAGAGCACAUACCAGGAACAGUACUGCAUCGCUAUCUCACCGACUAUGCGAAGAAAUUUGGGGUGUACGAUCGCACGCAUUUCAACACGAAAGUCGACUCUGUCAUGGCCACCGAAGAUGGUGGCUGGAUGCUCAAGACAUCGUCUCCGGAGCUGCCAACCGUGCAGACCAAGAAGCUAAUUGUGGCCACGGGGUUGACAUCUCAGCCGUACAUACCGCAACUGACUGGCAUGCAAGAGUUCCAAGGGUCAUUGUUCCACGUGCGAGAUUUUGCAAAGCACGCAGACGCCCUGAAACGAGCCAAACAUGCCGUAGUUGUCGGAGGGGCCAAAUCCGCCUGGGACGUGGCCUAUGCGUUUGCGGAAGCCGGGGUCCCUGUCGACAUGAUAAUUCGGAAGUCAGGUCACGGGCCAGUGUGGAUGGCGCCGCCUUACGUGACGCCCCUCAAGAAGUGGCUGGAGAAGCUCGUCCACACCCGGUUUAUCACCUGGAUGAGCCCUUGCAUAUGGGGAGAUGAGGAUGGAUACUCUGGCAUCCGCCAUUUCCUUCAUGGCACCUUUAUCGGCCGUGCCAUUGUCAGCACUUUCUGGAAGAUCCUCGCGUCCGAUGUCAUUUCCUUGAACAAGUAUGAUUCUCAUCCCGAACUCCGCAAGCUCAAACCCUGGGACCCGGCGUUCUACAUUGGUAGCUCAUUGAGCAUCCACAACUAUCCAACCAGCUUUUUUGAUCUUGUCAGAGAAGGCAAGGUACGCGUGCACGUCGACGAGAUCGACCAGCUUGACGAAAAGUCGGUCAAGCUGGCGUCUGGUGACUGCAUCGAAGCCGAUACCAUAGUGUUGGCGACGGGAUGGAGGAAAGAGCCAUCGCUCGAAUUCCUUGGUGGCAUUGAAGCCGAGGUUGGCCUUCACCACUCGCCAUCUGACCUGGAAGAACAGACCAAGACUGCCGACGCCGAGAUUCUGAAGCGGUUCCCCAGCCUCAAGACCCAACCGCCACGCAAGGACCAGCUCGAACACGCCCUGGCAGAGAGAAUGAGACAACCACUCCGAAUGUAUAGAUUCAUGGUUCCACCGGCUUUUGCGGCCAGCGGCCGUCAUCGCAAUCUUGCCUUUGCCGGCAUGUUGUCCUCGAUUACGACCUCGAUCCUCGCCACUGUCCAGGCGCUCUGGAUCUCGGCCUUCUUCGACGGCAAGCUUGACAGGUUGCCCAACAAUGAGGAGGAUAUCAAGUGGCAGACAGUCUUGCAUACUCAGUUCGGCAAGUGGCGGUACCCGAUAGGAUAUGGCCCGAGUUUCCCUGAUUUUGUCUUUGACGCGGUGCCGUACGUGGACAUGUUGUUGCACGAUCUGGGCGUUCAAUCUCAUCGCAAGAAGGGAAUGGCUGACGUAUUUGACCCGUAUGGACCCGAGGACUAUGCUGGUCUCGUGGACGAGUGGAGGAAGGGACAUACUGCUGUCUUGUCAGAUGAGAAGGUUUCAGAGUCGGCUUGACCAAAUUUCUAGAAGUUCAGGGGGUCUUGCAUGUUCGAGCUGGGGACAAUGAUGUUGACCGAGUACCUCCGGAUCGUCCAGCAAUAACCAGCCAAACCUGAGCAUGCAUGUUUAGUAGGGCAUAGUCACCAAUUCCAUCACACAAGACAGCAUGUACAGCACAUUUUGAUAGAUUCCGUUGGUAUUUAUUCCAACAGCCAUCUCAACCUGGUCUCCCUCACACCUCCCAAAUGCGUAGAAUUAACAACGGCACUGCCGGCCAC